AUGGAUGGAACCAAAUCGGGUGGUGAGGACGAGUAUGAAGGACACGAUGCAAUUGACAUGUACGAAGCACACACGGACUCAGAAGAGAGCCAUCUGAACAGAACCGGUUUUGAAGAACACAAGGAGGAAAACGACGAGAGUAAGGGUGAGUCUGCAGAUGAAGAAGAAGUGGGAGAACAACCGCUGUUUUUGGUAAAACAAGGUGCUGCGGAAGAAAACGAAGAAACUGCUUUUAAAGCCGGCGAAGAAGAGACAGGAGAUGACGGCGGUAGCGGUAUGACUGAAGAGCACGAGGCAAACGACGAAGCUGAAGAUGAUGAAAAUGAUGACAGUGAUGAUAACGAAGUUGAAGAAGAUGACGAAGAGAGAGAUGAGCAUGAAGAAACGGUUUUCAUGGUGGACGAGAACGGAGACCACAUCGAAGAACAAGAAGGCUACGAUUUGGAUUUCAACGAGUACGUGGGGCCGUCUGACGAGGAGGACAUGGGGGAGACCGAAGAAUACGACUACGAAUACAAUAAUCAACGGGAAUCGUCGCCUGACUUGGUAGUUCCAGAUGUUGGCAUCACUAGGGAAUCGAGCAUGAUGUCACGAAUCACCAAUGAAAGUGACAUCUUUGCCAACCCUCGUAAGCCCUCUGUAGCUUUCCCACAUCCUUCCUUGCAGACGUUAAGUGAGGAGAUGAAGCAGUUUUCUGGAGAAUCUGAUAGUGACUUCAUUUCGAUGGUGAACGGGCAGAGUGCGAAGCCCUCAAGGACUGCUACAACGUCGUCGGCGGACUCAGAUUCAAGCGGCUCUUCGGGCCAAACAGGUAUUAGCGACCAUCACAACCAAUUCAUUUCCAACGCACGGUACUCUCACAGCAUAAUGUCCUAUGACGAUGAUGACGAUGAUGACGACGCGUUUUCGUUCCAAGCAAAUGACGAUAAAGAGUACGAGAUAGGGUACACGCCAAGCCAUGGGCAUGAUGGUGCUCGUGCGGCUAGCGACGAAGGUGAUGAAACAGAUACAAAUAUUACCGAUACCGAGUCGGUGACUGAGGACGACGCUAAGACCCCGGUUGAUGAGGUAUCAGAUGCGGCACUUCCUCCCGUACCCUUUGCUCCACCAAUAAUGGGACAAUCUCAGCAAAGAAAUGAAAAGAACAGGGAUAGCUUGAUCAACGCAGAAGAGUUGCAGAACGAGGUCGGUGCCAUGAGAAAUCAAUUUGUCCGAUCAGACAUGCAUCCCUCUGUGAUGAGUAAAGUGAUGAAUCUUGUUGAGUUCACAGGUGGCGACGACUUACCUCAACUUCCGAAGGGCAUGUUGGUGAACGGAGCGCCAGUGGAUUCUGUUGUCAGUGACUCCAUUGCUGAUAAGGGUGAAUCUCGAGAGGCUUAUAUGGCUGACUUAGCGAAGUCUACUGGAAGUGAGACUUUGGGUGUGCCAAGCGAUGAUGAGCUGGAGCUGAACAAGACAAAAAGUUCUGGAUCAAUAGGACUGAAUAGUAGGUUGAACAAAAGUGCUAGUACUCUUGGAGGAAGAAGCCUUGACAACUCAUCGUCACUAUCUGGGAGUACGAAGUCUCUGGUUCAGCCGGUGACGCCGAAAAACAUCAAAGCUGGAGAGAUUUUUGCAAGAAUACCUGAUGUUGACUUGGUACAACUGUUCACAAAUAACACCAAAGUUGAAGAUAACAUAAAGUCAUUACGUGAAAUACGAAUCGAGUUAAGUGAAUUCGACACAGGGCUCACCGACUGGAUAUCCUACAACAUGGGAGAUAGUAUGAAGAUUAACAUGGAGGAUGACAAAUUGGGUGUGCAUGUGCGUAAGGCUUUCAAGCUCUCCGAAGAGGGCAGUGUUCCAACUAAUCGUAAUACGUUUACCAAUAUUGGUAGUUUCAGCGAUACGGUAGAGAACAUGGCACACGAAUUUGGUGAUUUUGGAGGACGAAAUGUGAUCAAAUUCAAGGACGUUGUGAAGGAGGUGAAGGUGAAGAAGAUCGGCCAGAGGGGAAAGACGCUACUACGGAAGCUCAAGAAGGUUCCAGAAUUCAGCAGUAAUAACUAA